AGGAGGGCAAGAGAGUGUGGGGUAGGAGGGAGCAGCUGGCCCCAAAGAGCGCACAGAUGCUCUGUGUGGGUAGGCUAGUUGGGAAGAAAUUCAUCUAGUCUAGCAUACUAACAGGUAUUCAGAUUGUUAAAACACGUUGCCAGAAAAUGAGUUAAACUUAAGGUUGUAUUCCUAGUAUUCAGGUUUCUCUCAACUCCUACCUUCAAUCCAUAUUUCCUUCCCUCCUUGCUCAGUGUUUGAAUCUCCACAAUGAGGACAAGGAUAUACAGCAUCCUUGUUCUUGCUUGGCAUCUACCACUAUUCUACCUUUAGAAGUUUGAGCUUCACUUGUAAAUCUCUUCUCCGCCUUUCAAGUGCCAUAGCUAUAGCUGUAUUGAUCCCCCUGCCCCCAAAGAAAAUAAAUGGUUAUCAGCAGAGGGGAGUUUAUAUGUUUGAACAAGACCUGAGGAGUGACCCUCUCUGUGCUUACCAUGACAAAAAAAAAUCUACAUUCCUCAACACAGUGUAAAUGUUUCAUUAAAACCUCUAAAAGAUAAUAUCAAGGAGCACUGUGCAAUGUUAUCUCUUGUGUUUUAUAGUUCUUACUAAGGACAGAUCUGAGCGAGCCAUUCUAGAGGGUGUAGAGCAAGGGUUCCCAAUUUUGGAUCCCCAGAUGUUGGAUCACAAAUCCCAUCAUUUUUAACCAUAAUGACCUUCAAGUUAGGGAUGUGCAGAACAUUUUGAGCUCGUAAUGGGGCAUUUUGAAUGUUUCAAGCCAAAAAAACAGAAUGCCCUUCAAGUGAAGUGCUUGUUCUUUUGGAACAACUGGUUCAACCAGUAUUUGCAUUCUGUUCCAAGCUCUGAACGUAACACAAAUCCCAUUCUGUGCAUAUCCCUACUUCUAAUUGUAGUCCAGUAUUUGGGAACCCCUGGUGUAGAGCAUUGACAGAGAGAUUGUUGCCAACUUAGCUGAGGCAGAAGAGCUGCUGAGGGAUCAAGUACAUGAUUCAACUUUAAUCACCAUAACCCCAGCAAGGGCAAUCCACAAGAGGAAUAGGCAUCACUCACAUAUCCAACCUAAGCAUAAGCAUAAAAUGCUGUAGAAGAAACACUUCUGCAUCCUGUACCUGACUUUGCUUCUCUGCCUCUUGCAACAGGAGAUCAGCAUUUUCAGGCAUACGUUUCUGAAGUUCCAGGAGUUCUGUGCAGCUCUACUGCUUUCUUUCUUACCCAGAGAUGAAGAUAAAAAGGAUUAUCUGAACCAUUUGGAAACUUGUUUCUAAAGCAUCUUUCAUCUUUGAAUAACCCAAAGCCCUUUAUAAACAAUGGGCAUUUCUGGACUUUUGGACGCUUGGUCAAACUGUUCCCAACUGGAAACCAGGCACAGUUUCCUUCAGAAAGAGGAAGCUCCACCCAUUGUACCUUCUGGAGAAACGGAAGACUUAUCAGGAUCUUAGGCCAUGGCGUUUAGAAAGAAAUUCAAGCCCCCUGAAAUGGCCUUACCAUGUGAAUGGGAAGAAUGCCUCUUUGUCGGAAAAUGUAUGGAGGAGCUUUGUAAUCAUAUUGCAGAACACUUACAAGAAUAUAUGUGCUGCCUACUGAAAGAAACAGCUCAAUUCCAGUGCCAUUGGCGAGGUUGUGAAUUUCUCACUACAAAUGCAAAGGAAAUUGCAAGCCAUGUAAAUUUUCAUAGUUAUCACACCAAGCUAAAAUUCAUAGGUGCUCAGUUAAGGGCUUCUGAUCAAGAUUUGCCAGAGUGUUCCCAGAAGAAUACUCGUGACCAAAACAAGAUACCAGAGAGUACAGAAAUACUUGCUUGUUUUUGGGAGCAGUGUGAUGCUACUUUCGAUAACCCAGAAUGGUUUUAUAGGCAUAUUGCCAUACAUGCACACUGCACGGAGAAAGAAAGCCUUCGAAAUUCCAAGAAAACCUUUAGUUGUUACUGGAAAGAUUGUACAGGAACAUUUCAAGGGCGAUAUAAGCUGUGGAACCACUUGAGAACCCAUACUGGAGAGAAAGUGCUUGCCUGUCCUUCUUGUGGACAGAUGUUCUCCAGUAAAUCCAGUUUUUUGGAUCAUUCCAGGAGACAACUUCCAGAGCAUCAACAGCUGUUUGUUUGUCAGAACUGUAGCAAACACUUUGCCAGCAAGAGACUAUUACAAAGUCAUAUGAGAAUACAUGUUUUCCGUGUUGCUUGUUCCUAUUGUGAUUUGUCAUGUACCAGCAUCUCAUCUCUGAAAGUGCAUAUCAGAUUCCGGCACUCUGAUGAGCGCCCUUUUUGUUGUAAAACUUGUAGCAAAAGUUUUAAGAGCACUUGUGACCUUCAUAAACAUGUUGAAACACACAACAGUUUGGCUUUGUACUGCUGUGAGGUGGAAGGCUGCCUUUUUACUUCCCGGACCUUGCACAACCUAAGACAACACAACAAGAGAAUACACAAGAAAAAUGGCAUUUUAAAAUACAGGUGCCAUAUCUGCCAGAAGUGUUUUUCAUGGUGUUACACGUUGACUCUCCACCUUCGCAAGGUGCACAAAUUCAUCUGUAAUUCUCGCUUUCGAUACAAAGAAGAUGAUGAUGGAUAUUUGAGAUUCAAUGGUGCAAUGCAUGAUGGUGUUGUGAUGUUACAACAUUAAACCCUGGCCUUGAAAAUGAAGUGUUACCAGGGGAAGUCUUCUUUAAUUCCAGAUGGCAUUGGAAUAAAGAGCUGUACUUCUUUAAAAACACACACACCAGAUAGUAGUUUCUCAUGAACAAGGAAUCUUCAGGAGAAGAAAAAGAGUGCAGAGGAGCUGCAAACUGCCCGUAACCCAAUUGAAAACCCUUCUUCUAAUCUUCUAAACAUGAUGAAACAAUGGGCAUUAGCAAAAAGAACAAAUAAUGGACAGAAGAGGUCUUUGUAAUUACAUAUAGUAUGCAUAGAAUAUAUCAUGCUAAGCUUCUUUUUUAAUGUAUUGGGCUUGAGCCAGCCAAAGUUAAACAAUAUCAGGUCCUCAUUAUUUCACUGGUAAGUAUUUAAGAAUGUACUUAGCUCAUGCCUUGAGGUAAUGGGACCUGAGAGUUCUGAAGUUAGCAGAACUGUUUCUGUAUCUAAUGUUAUGAAUCUGUUAAAAAGUCCAUUAUUUUUAUUUAGAGGUAAAUUGAAGAUCUUGAGAUUUUGCAUUACAACUGUCCCUUUAGCAUUUGAUAAUAGCAUAACUCUUUCAAAAUAAAGAUAUUAAGCUCUUAUUAAUAGGAAUAACAUUGCAAACAUUGCAGUUAUUUGUAAAGCAAAUAAAUCUAUAUGGUCAGUGUGCAGUAGAAAAGCUUAGAACAAAGUGGAUGAUGUUUGGGCCCUCAUCCUAAGGAUUCUUAUUUGAAGGCAAUUUCAUUGAUUCUAGGUGAAAUAUGACAUUGGUGCUUUCCCUCCACAGUCAAAUAAAAUUAUAUUACAUUACAGAAUAUAAUUUUAACUGAAUGGAGGAGGCGCCCAAGUCAUACACAGCGGCUGGCUCUGGUUGAGAUGGGGCAGGCAGUGAGGAAGGAGAUUCUACCUUUUAAAUUUUGUAAGACCACUACUGCUGUGUGGCAACACUGCCCAGCCCAGCCUAGACAUGCCCCACUAGUUUCUGAGUAUUAUUCAUUCAUUCAUUCAUUCAUUAUAUUUGUAUACCACCCCAAACCUGU